AUGGACGUAGAGUUGCAAAGUGUAGAGCAGGUAGCGCCAGUGCAGCGCAGGAGGAGGGAAAGUUCCAGAUCCUUUCGUAUCAUAGCUGUGGCAUGCUCGUGUCUGCUGAUCUGCGUGUUGGCGACCCUUCAAAAUGGGAACAAGGCCGACCUCAGCCUGCGCAUGGAAUCAAAUCUGUAUGAAAGGGGGACAGCGAUGCAGCUUCUCGAGUCUCUGCUGUCUAACUCUACCGACAACAGCACAGCAACAGCGAACUAUACUGUCUCCUCCACAGAAGAUUUUGGGAAGAGCUCGGACGGCUGUCCACUCCCUCCCAAAUUUCGUACCUACUAUGUCAACCAGCUGUUCUGGACCUGGUCUCAUACCCUAGAGGUGUCUGGAGUGAAAGUGGACGAGGAUGGCAAGGAGAGCGUCGUUCCUCUUGGCCUUGUCAGGUCUCAACCUUUCAGCUUCGCAAGCGAGCAAACAUGGCAGGACAACGACGGGAAACUCGUGGCUUCUAGCCAUCAGGACGCCAUCACUACUGUCACCAACAUUUACGUGCAGGACUGCGCUAAGGAGGACAUUGCGACCAUCUCGGAGCAGAUCGCCGCGUCGAGCUCGGCGAUCUCCCAGUACACCAUCCAGAACAAGGAGGGCGACAUAGUCGCCAUAUCCACCAUGAGCCGGAACUUCGGGACAGAGGUGGACAUCAACGAUCAGUCGACGGGGAAGAGAUUCGUUACAAUAUCCAAGGGAUGGGGACAGCUGACUGAUGCCUGGUCGGCAACGUUUAGGAAGGGGAUGCCGGAGACGCUGGCUAAUGAGCCGCGAGUGAUCGUGAUGCUGCUGGCCGCCGCGAGCUCCGCUGGGUCCAUGGGAUACGGGAAUGCUGGAGGAACGUUUGGGGGGACUCAGUAUGUCUAA